UCAAGAGAAAGAAGUUGGUUCAAACCCAGUUCGGCUCAGGGAGAAUAAUGGAUCGUGUUUCGUAAAGGUAUUACUGACUCCGUACAGGUGUGUCGACGAAUGCAGCGGAGAUGGGGGGCUGUUGGAGAUGGUGCUACACGACGUGCAUCUGUUGCUUGUCUGAAGAUGAGAAGAACGCCAUCGUCAUACACAACGAAAUCAAAAGAAUCCUUGCAGAUCAGAAGAAACGAGAACGCAGAGAAAUCAAAGUGCUUCUGUUAGGCACUGGAGAAAGCGGGAAGACGACUUUUAUCAAGCAGAUGAGGAUUAUUCACGGCAAGGGCUUUUCCGAAGAAGACAGGCGUGGAUACACUAAACUGGUUUUCCAGAAUAUCUUCACAGCUAUGAAGGCUCUGACAGUGGCCAUGAACACCCUAAAGAUUCCCUAUGCUAACCCGCAAAACGAGGUAUAUGGGAAACAGUUUCAGGAAGUGGAGAUCCGUCAGAUGGCACAUUUGGACAGAAUGUAUGUAGACGCUAUCCGCCGACUUUGGGCUGACGAGGGUAUCAAGGCCUGUUACAGUCGUCGUAGAGAGUACCAGCUUCUGGACUCCACAGAAUACUAUAUGGCAAAUUUGGACCGUAUUGCGGCCCCAGACUUCAUCCCUACAGCCCAGGAUGUGCUCCGAGUCCGAUUCCCCACCACAGGCAUCAAUGACUACUCCUUCAGUGUGGAGAAAAUCACCCUCAGAAUUGUGGAUGUGGGUGGCCAGAAGUCCGAGAGGCGGAAAUGGAUCCAUUGCUUUGAGAAUGUGACAUCGCUCAUAUUUUUAGCCUCACUCAGCGAGUACGACCAGGUGCUGGAGGAGAAUAACAAGGAGAACCGCAUGAAAGAGAGCUUGUCACUCUUCUACACCACCAUCCACUCGCCGUGGUUCGCCAGUGCCUCCAUCAUCCUCUUCUUAAACAAGAUGGACAUCCUGGAGGAAAAGAUCAAGACGUCAGACCUAAAAACUUACUUCGCAGGGUUUGACGGCAAACGGCGGGACGCGCAAGAUGCCAUGGACUUCAUUUACAAUAUGUAUAAACAGAGGGCCGUGAGUGCUGAGACAAAGGAGUGCAAAAACAUCUACCCUCACUUCACCUGCGCAACGGACACCAAUAACAUCCGGAAGGUUUUCAAUGACGUGAAAGACACUGUCCUUAUCAAGUCUCUGCAGGAAUACGGAGUGCUCUGACGGAUACGUAGUGCUUCUGCCAACCUAAUAAACUGAGCUUGGAGGGACACACAAUUGAUGGCUUGAUUUGUUUUUCCUUGUGCCACCUCUAUGCAGCCUUCCUUUUCUUUGUCUUUUGCUCCAUCUAUUCCUAUAUUCCUACUUUUUUGUCAUUUUGGUGGAUUAAAACAUCAGAUUCUUACGAUAUGACACACUUUCUUCAAACUAGAUCAUUGCAAGUCACCUACUUAAAGAGACAUCACUCUGAAGGAAUGAGGAAGCUGUGGCUGUCACAGGAACGCCACACAACAGGCAGAUUUUCAGCGUGUUUUUGGUUUCGAGGGGGUGGCAGGAAUUUUACACUAUAGCUGCUGGCAAGAAUGAACUGAGAAAUAGAAAGCAACGUUUGGCUGAUCUGUACUGGAGAACAGUACAAAUAUUUGACUUUACUGAUUACUUAGAGCAAGAGGGUGGGAGUUUCUUUUCAAAUAGGACUAAAAAGUAAUAUGGAAGCCUGUUUCUUCCACAGAAUAAAUCAAACAUAAUGAAUAAUAAAUAAGCAUAAAAA